CCCGUCUGCGAAAAUCGGUGAACAUGAUUAUAUGAUGGCAUGCUAAUACAUCAAUCAAAUAAUUUGUCGAAAAUGCCCCCACCAAACCUUGACUCGUAGUAGGUGGGUUAAUUUCUCCCACCAAACCUAACCUCUAAUUAAUAGUAUAAGGUACAAACUGAACCAUCCAGUCUCAAUCUUGCUGCUUUCUUUCUCUUUCUCUGUCUUCCUGAUUCUCCUCGUCUGCCAUUUUCGCAAGAUGGACAAAAAUGGUAGAAGAAAUUUGACAUUAAUAUGUGUUCCCAUAAUGGAUGAGACCGUUGAUCAAAUGUUGCUUCAAGUAAAGAAUGCUAAGGAGCAAGGUGCUGACUUGGUAGAGCUUCGAAUAGAUUUCUUGAAGAAUUUCAACGAAAAUGACCUUGAGCAUUUGAUUAAGAACAGUUGUUUGCCAACUUUGGUCACCUUUAGACCAACAUGGGAAGGUGGUCAGUAUGAUGGUGAUGAAAGCAAGCGAAGGAGCGCAUUGUGGAGAGCCAUGGAGCUCGGAGCUGACUAUGUAGAUGUUGAACUCAAGGUAGCAGAUGAAUUUUUGGAAUCAAUCAGUAAAAACAAGCCUUCUAAGACUGCAGUUAUUGUUUCUUCUCAUAAUUAUCAAAGCACUCCUUCAGUUGAAGAGAUAGGAAAUCUUGUAUCAAGAAUUCAAGCAACGGGAGCUGACAUUGUAAAGAUUGCAACAACUGCAACUGAUAUUACAGAUUGUGCACGCAUCCUUCAAGUACUUGCACAUUCUCAGGUUCCAAUUAUUGGACUUGUUAUGGGAGAGAAAGGAUUGAUAUCAAGGAUACUCUGUGCCAAGUUUGGUGGAUAUCUUACUUUUGGUGUACUCAAGCAAGGAGCUGUUUCAGCUCCUGGCCAACCUACUAUAAGAGAUCUUUUGGAUUUGUAUAAUUUCAGACUUAUAGGGCCUGAUACUAAAGUCUUUGGAAUCAUUGGGAAUCCUGUUGGCCAUAGUAAGAGUCCACAUAUGUACAAUCCAGCAUUCAAGUCUGUUGGUUUUGAUGGAGUUUAUGUGCCCUUACUAGUGGAUAAUGUACCCAAUUUCUUGAGGACUUAUUCAUCUCCUGAUUUUGUUGGAUACAGUGUUACACUUCCUCACAAGAUGGCUGCACUUGAGUGCUGUGACGAGGUGGAUCCAAUUGCUAAGGCAAUUGAAGCCGUAAAUUGCUUGGUUAAAAAGCCAAGAGAUGGAAAGCAGGCGGGCUACAAUUUUGAUUACGUCGGAGCUAUUGAAGCUAUUGAAGAAGGGCUACAAGAUGGUGGAAGUGUUGCACCAGUAUCACCCUUGGCUGGUAAACUCUUUGUUGUUGUUGGAGCUGGUGGUGCAGGAAAGGCACUUGCCUAUGGUGGAAAAGCCAAAGGAGCCAGGGUGGUUAUUGCUAAUCGUACACUUGAAAGUGCUGUAAAUUUAGCAAGUAAAUUGGAUGGUGAAGCUCUCAGUCUUGACGAAUUAGACAAUUUUGCUCCCGAAGAUGGGAUGAUUCUCGUGAAUACUACAUCAGUUGGAAUGAAACCUAAAAUUAAUGAAACACCUAUUUCUAAGAAAGCUCUGCGGUACUAUGCACUUGUUUUUGACGCGGUUUAUGCACCAAAGUUAACCAGACUUUUAAGAGAAGCUCAAGAAGAAGGAGCCAUUAUUGUUUAUGGAACAGAAAUGCUUGCUAAUCAAGCCUUCAGGCAGUUUGAACAAUUCACGGGCUUGCCAGCCCCAAAGGAACUCAUGAGGGAAGCCUUAGCAAAGAGUAUAGAAAAGAGUGCACAAUGAAGAGUUUUUGUUUUCUCCGAAUGUAUUUCCAUUAUUUUCUCAAGUGGUUUUGUUAGAAAGGACGUUCCUUUUUAUAGAUUAUUUCCCUAUUAAAAUUUGUACAAGAAACACCAGCUAUCUGGUUGGAAGGUCAAGUUCUAACCACAAGCUCAAGGGCUGGUGACAUCGACAUAAUGUGUACGAGAAACAUGCAAACUAAAGGAUGGCAAGGCGAGGUGAGGUGGUGUCAACAUGUAAUAAAAUGUUACACUUUAUAUCUGCAUUUUUUCAACUGUCGUGUUAUUGUUCGAAAAUAAGAGUGACAAAACUAUCAAGAUAGUCGAUUCCA